AUGCUGCUUAUAAUGGGCUUCUCGAUUGGAUUAUCUCCAGGAUUGCCAAUAUUACUUGGACUAAACCUGCUGUGGUAUUGCUUCUGGGUGGUUAAGUUCCACAAUAAUGGCUUUGCGAUUGGUGUGGCAAAUACUGGAGCUACCGCAAUUGCCGAAAUUCAAUUUGCGGACUAUAUAUUUCCGAGCUUUGACCAGAUAGUAAAUGAAGCUGCCAAAUUUCGAUACCGAAGUGGAGGGCUCUUUGACUGUGGAUCGUUAACAUUUAGAGUUCCUUGUGGUGCUGUCGGUCACGGAGCACUCUACCAUUCUCAAAGUCCAGAAUCAUACUUUGCUCACACCCCGGGCCUUCGUGUUGUGAUUCCUCGUGGACCCAUAAAGGCAAAAGGUCUUCUACUUGCAUGUGUUCGUGAUCCAAACCCUUGCAUAGUUUUUGAGCCUAAAACUUUGUAUCGAGCAGCUGUUGAGGAAGUACCAACGGAAUACUAUACAUCGGAACUCGGCAAAGCUGACAUACUUCGGGUUGGAAAAGAUGUCACACUAAUUGGCUGGGGUACACAAGUCCAUGUUUUAUUAGAAGUUGCUGAAUUGGCCAAAAUACACUUGAAUGUCGAUUGCGAAGUAAUCGAUUUGGUAUCUAUUUUACCAUGGGACACAACCUUAAUUUGUACCUCUGCUCAAAAAACAGGAAAAGUUAUAAUUGCUCAUGAAGCUCCAUUUACUCAGGGAUUCGGCUCAGAACUAGCAUCAUACAUCCAAGAAAAAUGUUUUUUUCACCUAGAAGCACCCGUGAAGCGGGUUACUGGGUGGGAUACACCGUUUCCACAUGUCUUUGAGCCUUUUUAUUUGCCUGAUAAACACCGAUGCUUGUCAGCUAUACAAGAAAUUGUUAACUUUUAACACCCAUGUGGCCCAUUUGUCUUUAUGUAAUGAAGGAAUAUGAAGAUGAAUAAAUGCAUUUAUUUACAAAAUA